AGAUACAUGUACAAAGCAGCACGAUCUUCAACAAUGAAAAUCCCGGAAAACGCUGCUACUGGGAAACCAGUAGGAUAAUAGGAUUGUUGAUUGUGACAUUGUACGACCCAGGAAUGUCCGUCCGUCUGACGUCUGUGCGAGGAAGUGACCGAUACGCGAUUUCCUUUUCAGGAGUGUUUAUGCAGUUGAACCCGCCCCCAAAGAUUUUACUGUGUCAUGGUUAGCUUGCUGCGAUUUCAAACCACACUUUUGACGAACGGUAGAGCUACCCUUUCGUUCACUUUCAAGAGCACGAUCUUGAACUGGAAACCAUUAAUUCCCUUGAAUCAUUCACUCUUCAGAUUCGAAAGAAAACAGUUGUCGUCUCUGAGUUCUUCGAACAUGGCACAGCUGAUCAACGAAGCGAAAGCGAAAGAUCUCAUUGAAAAUGUGGACACUUUCUUGUUUGACUGUGACGGAGUGUUGUGGGAUGGCCAUGGAAUGAUUGAGGGAAGUCUGGAAACAUUGUUAAAGCUGAAGGAACUGGGGAAAAAAGUGUUUUAUGUCACCAACAACAGCUCCAAGAGUAGACAGCAUUAUCUCGACAGAUGCAAGCAGCUUGGGUUUCCAGCUGAAAAGGAGGAGAUUGUGUGUACAGCCUAUAUUGCUGCGGCGUACUUGAAAAAGAUCCAGUUUGAGGGUACUGUGUACUUGAUCGGUAAACCGGACUCACUAGGCGAAGAACUCAGCCAGGUUGGCAUCAAGUAUGUGGGAACAGGGCCUGAUCCUUUGCAAGGAAAACUGAAAGACUGGCUUGUGAUGGAAUUAGAUCCCGAGGUGAAGUGCGUUUUGGUUGGGUUCGACCCUCACAUCAGCUACAUGAAGAUCAUGAAAGCUGCGACCUAUUUGAAGAAUCCAAACUGUCUCUACUUGGCCACCAAUGAAGACGCAAAUCUCCCAGCCAAAGGAGAUGUCAUAGUUCCAGGCACGGGCUGUAUGGUGGUGACCGUGACCCAUGCGGCCAAGAGGAGUCCGGAGAUCAUGGGCAAGCCUGAGGCUCACAUGUUUGAGGUGUUACAGCAAGCUCAUGGCCUCGACCCAUCUCGCUGCCUCAUGGUUGGAGACUCACUGACCACCGAUAUGAAGUUUGCCAAGAACUGUGGCAUGAGGUCGCUGCUUGUGCUGUCUGGUAUCGCGACAUUAGAGGAACUCAACAGCAAGGACGCGCCAUCAACCCCUGAACUCUACGCCCCUCGUUUAGACGAACUUUUGAAGUAUAUAUGAUAAGUCAAUAGCUAGGAAUCUUAGAUGGAUUUAUUAUUUUUUUAUCCUUCCCUGUGAAAGGUUCUUUCAUACUUAGUCAAAGACUAUAGCUGUUUCUUUAAAUAGAUGUUUUAAGCCUGCUGAUGAUUAUGAUACAUAUAGCUAGCUAUACCAGUGCAAUUUUAUGUUUUGUACAUUUAACAACUCUGAGUGUAUUUUAUUUUUACACAUUCUCAUAAUAUGUAGCAAAGUCAGUAAAUGGCAUAUAAUGUAUUUGUGCAAAGACCACCCUGAUAGGUUUUGGGAGGAAAAAAGUUUAAAAAACUGGCUCUCAAUUGUUUGGUGUUUGUCAUUUUCAUCCACCGGCAGUUCAUCUAGUAAUUAUGUUAUCACUUGUGAUAUUUGUUUCCUACAUUGUACAUUUUUACAAGUGUUUAAAACGCACCGUAUUUUUCAUGCUAACCAGGUGCUGUUGAACAGAAUAAACUGUUUUUUGUCUCGAUCAA